GCAGUUUAAAAUAAAAGCCCAGAAUGCGAUUAAUAUUUCUUUACGAUUAGUUCUGCUGUGUUCCUGGUUACUGCUUUCCAUGCCAUUUACUAACUUUAUUGUGGUUCUUUUCCACUCACGCUAAUAUCGGCGGCUUUUAGAUUACAUACUUCUAAUCACAUAAUUAGCUGUUUGUUUCACCGGCUUGACCGGAAUCAGGACGCUUUGGCUUAAUAUUGGAUCAUUUAUUGCUCACCAUUUUCUACUAAUUUUUUUACCAUGUUUUCAUUCCGCUUCACAAACCAGCUACUGGCAGGCUGCUUUGGCAUUCAGUCGAUUAUCGGUUUGAAUUUACUAAUUUUGACAAUAACAGCUUUAUACGAUUACUCCCUACUGCAUUACGCAAUCUUCCGAUACACUUUUCCAAUGGAUUUCGCCGUUAUUUCAUUGGCCUUUCUUACUGCCGCCAAAGGAUUUUAUGUGCUGCGUUCAAAAUCGGGAAAUGAAUGCCUUUUGGAAGCACUGUCUUUGUCUAAUACUAUUCUGGCGAGUAUACUUGCCCUACUCCUCGAAAACAAACUGAUGGAACUAAUAUCCCAUGUCCGGCAUGUGGACGCUUUCGGCCCUGACCAUACAUGGAAGUUCUGGGCAUGGUGGUGCUUCAUCCUGGGAUCCGUGGUGAUCCUGCAAGCAGCCACGGUUAUAGCGAUUAGUGGGAUAAAAUUUUACAGGGAACAACAGGAGCUGGUGAUCGACAGGUGGAAUACUGAAAAAACCUCUGCCAAAGAACUGACGUUAUUGGAAUUGUAUGCCGCAAUACAAAUCGCCCUUGGAAUCGUUAUGAUACUGGUUGAUGUUACCGGCGCUGCUUUGGGUCCUGCUGGUGGAACCCUGAAAACGAACCAGAUUUACUGGUAUGCUUCCAUUACCGUGUUUAUCAUCGGCGGACUGGUUAUGGCUUCUGGGGUACUGGGUGUGGUUGUAUCGCGUCAAAGUGUUGCCGUGAAGCGUCAAUUUGAUGCAAUAACUACCAUCAACUACGCGGUGAUCGCUUUGAGCAGCUUGGUCUUUGCUCUUUUCGUCAUUACCACGGCCAUUCUGGUUAUGUUCUUUCUCAAGGAAAUAUACAAUAAAGAGUUGUGGCAUUUCCUUACCGAAGUUGGAAGCGCAAAACUGGUGACCCUUUUCGCCAUCUUUAUACUAUCCAUUAAAACCAGCCGGUUAACUUCGAUGCGUGUGCAGCUAUUUAUUACCUCACUGGAUGACAUUGAACAAGGAAUGCAGAAGCAAAAUAAUAUAAUAUGAUGCCUUGACGGAUCUGUUUGUCCAGUCCAUAGGUACACGUUAUUAUACCAAAGUCUUUAUAUGCUUUAAUUGCGACUUUUUAAAUAUAGAUACGUUUCAUUCUAAGUGUUAUUUGACGGGGUGAUUUGACUGGUCAACGCCACAUAAUCGCUGUUUAAAGUAGAUUUCUAACAAAUGUGACCCUUUAUGGGAUUAUCACCAUCGCUGCUUAAAUAACUGCUUUAUGUUUUGGUUUACC